UCACACACGGACAGCGAGGCUGGCCGUCACACUCAAGUUCAUCGUCGGACCGGAGGAAGCGCGGGGAGAGGAAACCGAGGAGCGGCGACCAUGACAACGAACAAAUACGACGUGAUCGUCAUCGGGGGAGGAAUCUCAGGGCUGUGUGCGGCCAAGCUGCUGGUGGAGUCCGGUCUAAACCCAGUGGUGCUGGAGGCUCGGAACCGUGUGGGCGGUCGGACCUUCACCGUACAGAACAAGGAGACCAAAUAUGUGGACCUGGGGGGCGCGUACGUCGGGCCCACGCAGAACCGCAUCCUGCGGAUCGCCAAGGAGUUCGGGGUGGAGACGUACAAGGUGAACGAGAAGGAGAACCUGGUGCACUACGUGAAGGGAAAGCCGUACCCAUUUAAGGGUCCCUUCCCACCUAUGUGGAAUCCACUGGCCUUGAUGGACUACAACAACCUAUGGCGGAAGAUGGAUGAGAUGGGGAAGGAGAUCCCCAUGGAGGCCCCAUGGAGAGCACCACACGCAGAGGUGUGGGACAAGAUCACCAUGAAGGAGCUCUUUGACAAGCUAUGCUGGACAAGGGCGGCCCGGCAGUUUGCCAACCUCUUUGUCAAUGUGAAUGUGACUUCAGAGCCACAUGAGGUGUCUGCCCUGUGGUUCUUGUGGUAUGUCAAGCAGUGUGGUGGCACCAUGAGGAUCUUCUCUACCACCAAUGGAGGACAGGAACGGAAGUUCGUGGGCGGCUCCAACCAGAUCAGCCAGCGCAUCGCUUCCAAGCUUGGGGAACGUGUGAAGCUGGAGAGGGCGGUGUACCGCAUCGACCAGACUGGUGACAAUGUGGUGGUGGAGACGCUCAAUAAGGAGACGUAUGAGGCUAAAUUUGUCAUCAUCGCUACGGCACCAGGGCUGCACUUGAAGAUGCAUUUUAAUCCUCCGCUGCCCCCGCUGCGCAACCAGCUCAUCCACCGCGUGCCCACCGGCUCCGUCAUCAAGUGCAUGGUCUACUACAGGGAGAGCUUCUGGAGGAAGAAAGGCUACUGUGGCAGUAUGGUGAUUGAGGAGGAAGAAUCCCCCAUUGGCCUGACGUUGGAUGACACCAAGCCUGACGGCACCGUGCCUGCCAUCAUGGGCUUCAUCUUGGCCCGUAAAGCUCGAAAACUUGCAGCACUGACCAAGGAAGAGAGGAAGAGAAGGAUAUGUGAGAUCUACUCCCGAGUUUUAGGCUCAGAAGAGGCAUUAUAUCCUGUGCACUAUGAAGAGAAGAACUGGUGUGAGGAGGAAUACUCUGGCGGCUGCUACACGGCCUACUUCCCCCCGGGCAUCCUCACCCAGUAUGGCAAGGUGCUGCGGGAGCCUGUGGGACGGCUGUACUUUGCAGGAACCGAGACGGCCACUGAGUGGAGUGGCUACAUGGAUGGGGCAGUGCAGGCAGGGGAGCGGGCAGCAAGAGAGAUUCUCCAUACCAUGGGUUUGAUUCCCCAGAGUGAGAUUUGGAAGCAAGAACCUGAGUCUGUGGAUGUGCCGGCACGUCAGUUUGUCGCCACCUUCUGGGAGAGGAACCUGCCGUCUGUUCCAGGGUUCCUGAAGUUCCUGGGGACAUCCUCGGUCCUCACAGCAGCCGUUGUGGCCAGUCUCCUGGCCUACAAAAGGGGCCUUAUUCCGCGGAGCUAAAGCCUCGUCUUUUCCACGCUCUCCCUGGCCUUGGUGAAGACUGUUCUCAUCUGUCCCUCCAAUCUUCUGGCUGAAGUUGCAGGGCUGGCUGCAGAGCUGUUCCAGUCUUACAGAAGACGACAUUUCAUGCACAGAUCAAAAACACCAGAGUGAUUUCUCAAAAUCAUGAGGAUCAGAAUUAAGCCUUAUGUCGGGAACUUUAUCAUUUUAAACAAAUAAUAUAAUGAUAAAAUGAGCCAUUUGUUUUUAUUCCAUGUGUAAUCAAAAUAAAUUCACAUGAGGACUUCGAUGCUUGGCCAAAGACCACCAGUCAGACCACUUGGGUUUUACACUAGUUUUGCUAAAAGCCAGAUAAUAAUGGCAACAUUUACUGGCAGUUUUAUGAA